AUGGGACAGCUAGCUGCAAAUCAAAACACUAGACCUGCAGGUGCUCUUCCAAGUGAUACAAAGAAAAAUCCGCAAGUUAGUGUAAUUACACUUAGAACUGGAAGGGAAUUAGAAGAAGUUGCAAAGAAGAGAAAAGACAAGCCUAUACCUGAGGGUGAUGCUAUAAUUAAAGUAAGAGAGGGAAAAAUAAUCAUGAGAGUUGACAACGAGGAAGCUAUUUUUAAUGUAUACAAAGCAAUUCAACUUCCUGACCAUUAUGAAGAAUUGUCUAUGAUAUCUGUCAUGGAGAUGGAUGAGCAACUUAUUACCCCAAGUGUAUAUUUGAAGGAUUCUUUAGAGAAAGCAAUUGUGUUGUUCGAGAGUUUGGAGAUUAAUGAUGAGGAAGAAAAGUUGCUGAGAGUACUACGUGAGCAUAAAAGAGCAAUUGGGUGGACAAUGUAUUUAUUUGCAAAGAAAGAUGCCAAGCCAAGGUUAAUCCGACAGGUUCUUCUUUUGCAGGAAUUUGAUUUGGAGAUUCAAGAUCGAAAAGGGACAAAAAAUCAGGUUACAGAUCAUUUAUCCAGGCUGGAAAAUCGAGGCCAUGUCACUGAAGAAGAAUCAAUCAAAGAAAUAUUUCCUAACGAACAUUUGCUAGCCAUCACUUCAGAUGAAACCCCGUGGUGUCAAAGAACAGGUACAAUCACGAAGAGGAACGAAAUGCCUUUGCAAAAUAUUUUGGCAGUAGAGCUAUUUGAUGUCUGGGAAAUUGAUUUCAUGGGACUAUUUCCAUAUUCUAAUGGGCACAGAUACAUUUUGGUUGCA